AGUCUUAUUGUGGCUGGUACCAUUAAGUGUUGCCGUAGGAUAAUCUUUGUUUUGCCAAACGCACCAACCAAAAAGAGGAUACCAUCAUGCAUCUGCAGUGAUGCGCUGAAACCUCUUGGCAUCCAAUUAUCCUGAAUGUUGCCGCACACGGGUGCACUUUAAUUUCGUCCGCGCGUGGAACUUUUUUUGUGUCGUGUUAUUUAUCGCAUUGAGUCGUCUAGCUUGGCUGCACAGAGAAACAGACCCCAGCAGCCGGGACGAGUGGACCGACCACGUACCAGAGAGUAGGGAAAGGAAAAACAGAGAGCGUGAUCACAACUUUAUAAAUACCCGAAAAUGGCUAUGUCGAGCUGGAUGAUACGUAGGAGUAUUCGACAGAGAUCCCGGCCUGCACCUGAAGAUUGCUACGAAAUCGAUGCGGACAAGAGUGCCCGCGAGAAUGCGGAGGAUAUCUUCACCGAUCUCUACUCCGCCCAGACAUCUGUGAAUAAGCGGCUCAGCUUGCUUAAUGCUUUGGUCAAGCUAAACCAGCGAUGGAAACGAGAGACAUGCAUGUUUAGUCAGCCCAAGUCUUGGUACAUAGGAUUACACGGGACCACAAAACAGUGGAUGGGUCUAGCGAUGGAUCGAGAGACGACCUUGGGGUUCUCGUGCGAGCAGAUGAUGGGCUGCCUUAAAUGCAACCUGCUGCACCCGAUGUCGCAAAUUCGGGCCGCAACGCUACGGACUAUACGACACCUGCUGAUCGUGCCCCCCGAUCAGCGGCUGUUCAACGCGCUCCAGCUACCGCACCUGGUGUGCCGCAGUCUAGACAUCGUACUGCGAAACACGGAGGAGCGGAUGCAGGCACUGAAGCUCAUUCGCCGAAUGCUGGCCGUCGCACCGAACGAAAUCAAUCCGGCCGUGGUACGCUGUUUGGUGUCGCUUGGUGAGAGCGGUAGCGCUGGCAUGUUCAGCUCCGGGACCGGUACCUUGCCAGGCGUCGGUGCGCAUCCCGGUCACGAGGAUCGACUGUUGCGCUGUUGCCUGGCGACGCUGUGCGAAGUCGGUGUGCUGAAUCCCAUCAUGCUGAUCAAAUGCGGGGGCGUGAGUGUGAUCACGCGCAGUAUCCUAGAGUGCCACAGUCCACGCAUUGCAGAAAGCCUCUGCGGGGUGCUGCUGUACAUGCUCGAGUGGCCGCAUACACGAAACAUUGCGGCCAUUCGCCUGGAUUGCUUCGUUGCCCCUUACUGUGAUUUUACCUAUCGGGUCGGCAUUCUGGACCGGAACAAGGACGCCCGGGAUCUGCGGUUUACCUGCAGCCGUUUGGCAUUGCUGUCCGUGUUGCGUUCCUGGGCCGGUACCAUCGAGUUCUGCAAUCCACUGCAGCCAUCCGGUCUGAAGGCGUUGAUCGACAUAAUGUACCUGAACCAACUCGAGAUCCGCAAGGCGGUGCUGGAACUGCUGUACGAGCUGCUCGGCUUAACACAACCUGUCUGGACCGAUGAGUACCUGGUGGCAAUGCAGGUGGUCGAUCCGGCAGAGUACCAGGACGCGUGGCGCUUGAACGAGGGAUUCGUCGGGGCAGAAGGCAUCUCAAUACUGCCUAGUCUUGCCAGCAAUGUGCCGAAGCUGUGCGAAAUUCACAUCGCACUGCUGUUGUACUGUUUCGUCGAGCACGGACUGCUCAACGCACUGAUCGAGGUAAUCAUUUCGAGCGAUACGUUCAUUUCCGUUCGUGCCACGAUCUUGCUGGCAAAGAUAACCCAUCAGCUGCACCAUCUACUACCUGCCGAAAUUUGCGACCAUACACCAGCCGCUGCGCUGCCAAUGCUCGUGGCGCAUGCCAUCGAUGGAAACCACCAGGCACGGGCCGCUAUAUCUGCGCUGCAGCAGCUACAUGUGAUGCUGCAAAACCGUCCGGCUUCGUGUAGUUUCUACCUGGAUUGUAUAAUACAGCGUGGAGAGUUGAUCAACACUCGAACCUUUCGUCGUGAGCUAUCGUCCAACAAUACCGCCAUGAGCAGCUCAAUGCCGGUUGGCGGGAACUAUGGCACACAGGAGGAAACAAAGCGGGCACCGCUGGAAUUGUCACAAUGGUCCGCUGGUAUGACAGUGGGUCGCCCACUAGGUCAGAUCCCAUCAUCGAACGAUUCCAGCAUGACCAAACUGUCCGGACCGGAAACCGUCGAUCGUCCCUCAGACAAACGAACGCUACGUCGCUCAAAGAUACUGAAUAUGUGGGACUGUUUGAAGGAAGGCGAUCGGCUUAUCAAAGAAUCGAACGUACUUUUAGUCAAAGAUCCCAAUAUGUGGGAUUGGGAUGUCAUCAUCACAAUACUACGAUCUGAUAUACUUGGAGUGAGGAUGGAGGAACAGAACAAUCGGUUCAUUCGACGGCUCGUUGACUACUUCAAACCAAGUAACAACCGCUUCUCGCAUCAGGAUUUAGUGAGCACUAACAGACAGUUGCCCGCAUACGUCACUGCUGGCUUAGAGCUGAUUGAUACGUUGCUCCGUUCACCAGAGCUCGAGUGCAUUCGUAUAUUAACCGAUCUCUUUACUGACAUCAGUCGGCAGCUAUUGGCAAUUCAUGCCAAAAAGUCGGCGCACGAAUGCUUGUUCAGCCCGCAGCAUAUGACGAGUACCAUGUGUCAGCAAUACUUUCUGUUCAUUGGCCGUAUGUGCCGCACCGACUGCGGUAUGGAAAUCUUGCGUAAUACCGACGUUUUCAAGGAGCUCUCCACCAUCGUGCAGAAAACGAAUCACUUGUGCUACAUCAAGCUGAUCAUCUCCGGACUGGACUACAACAUGGAAGGUGAACCACGCGCUAUACUCUCGAAGGCGCUUCAGAAGCACCCUUCGGUGAAGGCGCGCCUGUACGCGCUGCAGAUGCUGCGUGUGCUCCUGAGAGCCCGGAUGCCCAACUUUGAGGUGUGGGGCGUCCAAUUGAUGCUCGAGCUGGUGGCAUCAGUGCAGGGCGAGGGACAACCGCGAUGCAUGCAGCUAGCGCUGAUCGAUCUGCUGGAGGAAGCUAGCUACGAGCGAGUGUAUCUAGAGGAGCUGACGCAUUGCUGGCCCCGACUCGAUCAGCUCGGCGAUCGGGGAAAGAUGAUAAUGAUGCGCUUCUACUCGAUACCGCGCGGUCUCAAUCAUUCCAGUGCGCAAGUACUGAACGAAAUAGAGCAGUGGUUAAGCAUCUACAACGAGCGGUAUGUACUGCUGAUCGAAUCGGACACUCACGCCAAUCUCACUCAGCAUACACGCACGGAAGAUGGCACAUAUAGCCGUAGGCAUUGCUCCAGCACCUCUGCGACCGGUGGCGGUGAAACGUGCAAUCUGCUGCCCCACCUGUACGGCCAGUUGGCACAAACCAAUCAGGGAUUUUCGCAGCUGGUGUGCCAUGGAAAGCUCGACGAGCUGAUGGGUAUGCUGCGCGAUAAUCGGUUACGCAACGAGCGCGACAGCUUACGGCUCAAGACGGCACUUUGGGCAGUUUGUCACGCUUGUACCAGCAAAGCAUCGUUGGAAUAUUUCCUGGAACAUUAUCCCUGCUUGUUACCGCGGCUAGUGCAGCUGGUACGGUCUGCAGAAGUGUAUUCGAUACGGGCGUCGGCACUCGGAGGACUUUGUCUAAUAGCCACCACUACCCAAGGUGUGGCGGCCCUCCAAAAGAUCGGUUGGGCUAGUGUUCGACAUGAUCGUUCCACAAACUGGCCAAUCAACGAACCGUACAAUUUGGUGGUACCGGAAAUGGCGUCCCUGUCUUGCAUCGAUCAACCUGACGCUAGCAUAACCAGCGGCAAUAUGAUCAGUUUCAGCGGGCUCGAUAACGUGUACGGGAACCAUUUGGAGCAAUCGGAUUCGAAUAUCAGGAGCACUGGCCGGAUCAGAAUGGUUUCUUCUAAGCUUGGUGCGUCCUCCUCUCCCCAGCAAUCCAGUGAUACGUACGAGGAUUUUUCCACCAACCGUUUCCAGUUUUCCUUUCUAUCCGGAGAAGUAACGCUAUCUAACUCAUCCAGCGUGACCGAUUCACGUUCGGAUAGAGCCUCUACCAUGUUCAUCUCAUACCCGAAAGAAAAUUAUCGAAAGCACAGGCACAUGAGUUACAUGCGUCGACCACUGCUAUCGAUUUCUUCCAUGGACGACCUGGAAAUGGAAAAUGCCCAUUGCGACCGUAUGCUUGCUUCCAUGAUGAUACCGGCUUCACCCCCUAAUCUAGCCAACCUUGGACCACUGCUGCCGAAACCAGACUCCCGCUGGAAGAUCGCAAGUUUAGACAGGAAAUUUAUAAGCAAUAAGAAGUUCAUCAAAGAUGACACCGAAACAUCCGGAAAUGUUACGAUGCGAUCUGUGCUCCAGCCUAAAAACACAAACGGCCCUUGCUACAUCGGCAUUUGCUUCCCACGCAAUAUUUUACAUUUGUUUCCCGAGCACGGUACACGCCAAACUCAUAUAUUUUACAAAAGGAGUGAGCCUCCCCAGUUUGAGGUAUCAAAGGAAGGCAGAUCUUGGUUGGACAGUGCUGCGCCGGCACAGCAAAAUGUAUCUUCCGCGUUAAGUUUUUCAAAAAAUGCCGACGACGAUCUGCUCGAUUACGAGCGAGUAACGAAGGACGUCGGACCGCUUAGCUCGGGCAAUAUAAUGGAAUCAGAGGAUGGAUAUGGAAAUCGGAAGCGAUGGUCACAUGAAAAUCACAAGAAAGCCCAGUGUCUGCGCUGUGCUUGGAAGCUCGCGGACGAGCGUUUGCGGAGCGGCAGGAACCGCACUGCGCCCCUUUUCCCAAGUGAGGAUGCACUCAAAAUAGAGGAUGCGAACUAUGGGCAGCUGGCUAGCGAGUCGAUUGCCAACACGAUCCUGCGGCAUGUGCAACGAAUGGCCAACCCAGUUUGGAGCAAGCAGUCCCGGCUCGCGCUGCUUGAUAUCAAGCAGUCGCACCCAAUCGCCUUUACCGACGUUUGUCUGUAUUCGGAGGUAUGCUACCUAUUGAGCCACAAUACGUUCCGCCUAGCGUCCCGGCGGUUUCUGCAGGAGCUAUUUCUCGAACUGGAAUUCGGCCAAAUCUAUGGCAAAUCGUCGACCACUAACGAACCGAACCAGGAAGUUAUAUACCACAACGCAACCACAGCUGCUCGGCUAGGCAGAUCCAAAGAUGCUACAACAACGGUGACACCAGUGGAACAAUUAUCAGCAGGAUCCGGCCGGCCACAUAUUGCCCAACUUCCACUGCUCGGAAUAGCGGUUAAGGCCGGUGGCACCGUCGGAGGAUUGGGAGCUCUGCUGAAAUCACCACCCUUGGCUAGCGUUUACGAGGCCAGCCUGGAGAAUUUGAAUGAAAUGUCACCGGCUCCGGAAAGCAAACUAAAACCUACUAAACCGCCUGAAAGUGGCGAGCUGGCGCCAGACGACAGUCGAUCAGUUCCGAUGGCAGCAGAUUUAUCAAAACGGGACAGUUCCGGUGCGCAUGAGCAACCACCGAACGUGUCCGGUCGCUCGCAAAGCAAGGUACUAACGGCCGAUGAUUCCCGAGUCCGAACGCGACCUCGCUUUAACACUCUGGAGCUCGAUCUUAGCUGUGCGAAGAACAAAUUUCCCAUACGUGACCGCACCGCGAGGGACAAUGGUCGCCCUGUAUCGGCGUCCUGCGCCGUUUCACCGAGCAGCGUGUCUUCCUUGUUUGGUACCGGUAGCAUUAGUGCCGUAACUAGCCCAACACAGCUGGAACCGGCGCAACCGCAGGUACAAUUUGGCAGCUUAUUCUGCGAACAACGGCAGCAUCUGAAAUCGUCGAAAUCGGAAACGACGUUAGAGAAACACACUUAGCCUAAAGCGUUUGUGCAGAGGAGAGCGCGCAACCAUUUGCAAAUAAAUUAUUUAUCAUCGCAAAAUUUAUUGUCAUAUAAAGAAAACCCGUAAUCCUAGAUAAAUGCAUUGUAUUU